UGUGAGGGACAAUGAGUUGGGGCUGACAGAGAAGCUUCUCUACAGUGAAGCGGCGCCAUCUUGCUUUACGGACGGAAAGCUAUGGCGGGCGCCAUUUUGCAUUUGGCCGAGAGAUGAGACGCGCCUUAUUGCAUUCCGCCUCCUGGGCGCCGCCAUUUUAGGUUACGGCAUAGCCUCCGCCUUCCCAAGCGCAACCUCAUUGGGCGCCGCCAUUUUGGCUUACGAACAAGACGGCGACCCGCAGGGGUCCUCACCCCCUCCCUUCCUCCCUUUAGGUGCCUUCAUAAAAUGCCCGUCGAGAAUCCCCUCUUUUUUCGCCCCGCUCCCAAGAUGGCGUCGAUGCGGGAGAGCGACACCGGCCUGUGGCUGCACAACAAACUGGGCUCCACGGACGAGCUGUGGGCGCCGCCGAGCAUCGCCUCGCUGCUCACGGCCUCGGUCAUCGACAACAUCCGUCUCUGUUUCCACGGCCUUUCCUCGGCCGUCAAGCUCAAGCUGCUCCUGGGGAUGCUGCACCUGCCCCGCCGGGCGGUGGAUGAGAUGAAAGGGGCACUGACUGAAAUUAUCCAGCUCGCUACCUUGGAUUCAGACCCCUGGGUCUUAAUGGUAGCUGAUAUUUUAAAAUCCUUUCCAGAUACUGGCUCCCUUAACCUUGAUCUUGAAGAACAGAAUCCCAAUGUUCAAGAUAUUUUAGGAGAACUUAGAGAGAAAGUAAGUGAAUGUGAAACUUCAGCUAUGUUGCCGUUGGAAUGCCAAUACUUAAACAAAAAUGCCUUGACAACACUAGCUGGGCCACUUACUCCCCCAGUGAAACAUUUCCAGCUGAAAAGGAAACCUAAAAGUGCCACUCUCAGAGCUGAACUCUUGCAGAAGUCAACAGAAACUGCGCAACAGCUCAAGAAGACUGCAGGAGUGCCUUUCCAUGCCAAAGGCAGGGGACUGGUCAAGAAGAUAGAUACAACAACACCACUCAAAGGAAUACCAAAACAAGCUCCCUUCAGGAGUACUUCAGCUCCCAGUGUUUUUAGUCCUUCUGGAAACAGAACUCCUAUUCCUCCUUCAAGAACACCUUUACGCAAAGAAAGAGGAGUAAAGCUUCUAGAUAUCUCUGAGCUGGAUAUGGUAGGUGCUGGCCGUGAAGCAAAGAGAAGAAGAAAGACAUUAGAUACGGAAGUUGUGGAAAAGCAAGCCAAAGAAGAAACAGUAGUAGAAAAUGCUACCCCAGAUUAUGCUGCUGGCCUUGUAUCUACACAGAAACUUGGCUCAUUGAACAAUGAGCCUGCACUACCUUCUACAAGUUAUUUACCUGCUACCCCCAGUGUGGUGCCGUCUUCCUCCUAUAUCCCAAGCUCUGAAACACAGCCAGCUGGUUCUGCACGAGAGGCCUUGCAGACCAACAGGCAGACAGAAGAGCCUGCAGCUCCAAAUGCUACUACAACUCUCCCUGCACAGUUCAAACAAAGAACACCCAUGUACAACAGUAACUCUAAUCCCCCUGCAGCUACACCUACCUCACCCCUAACACCCACCACACCUCCUGCCAUCUCCCCUGCGGCACAGGCACCACAAGUGGCCGCCCAAACUCAGCAACAGCCACCACCGAAGAAAAGCCUCUCUCUCACAAGGGAGCAAAUGUAUGCUGCACAGGAAAUGUUCAAGACUGCAAACAAAGUUACAAGGCCAGAAAAGGCUCUUAUACUUGGAUUCAUGGCAGGAUCCAGAGAGAAUCCUUGCCAAGAGCAAGGUGAUAUCAUCCAAAUUAAACUGAGUGAACAUACAGAAGAUUUACCAAAGGCAGAUGGCACAGGCAGCACCACUAUGUUGGUUGACACAGUCUUUGAAAUGAACUAUGCUACUGGUGAAUGGACCAGAUUCAAGAAAUACAAACCUAUAACUAAUGUUUCCUAAGAGAUGCAGCAGCAGCAGACUGGACCAAAUCAAGUUUAGAGUCAACCAGCUCAUAGAGUAUGUCAGCUGUACAAAAUGGCAUUCAUGUGUACAUUUCUUAUUACCCUCCAGAGUAGAAGCUGUGCUCUUCAACCAAACUGAGCUCAGUGAACACAGAAGUGUUUGAUGGUGUCAAACUCACUUAAAUUUUUUUUAUUAAUCUUGGGAGAGGGAAAGAUGAUCCUGGGGGGGGGCUGGGGGUACAUUGUUGGUGUGUUUUUAUUCAGGAUGAUGUGUUGGAAGUUCAGGAUGCUGAAAAAGGAGAUCACAGCUGAAAGGUUACAGGUGAGAGUAGUUCACUGCUAACUACAGAAGAGAAGACUACUGCACAGUCACUCACGGUUUACUGUUAACUGAGGGCACAGAUCUUUAUCAUAAAAACAUUGUCUUUGGCAACGUGAGUUCUGUCAUAAGAAUCGAUAUUUGAAGCACCACAGGUCAGUACUUGAUAAUUUUGUAUUUCAGCUGCAGUAUAACUAUUGCAGAUGGUAUUUGUCAUUGUCUAAAGGUACCCACUGUAUGUUUAGCUUAUUUAUGCUUGGGUCAUAGGAUGAAAUUGAGCAGCUUUGUUUUAGCAGUGGGAACAAAGCAACAUGGACCCCUUUAUGCAUCCAAAGGCUUUAUUGUAGAAAUUGCAUCCUUUUAAACCUUUAAUCUCAACCUGACAUAACUGAAACCAAACUGAGACCUAACAGAGCUGAACAGGACGAAGGCACCCAUUGGCUGGCUCAGCUGCCAUGCUGCUGCCCACGCGCCCGGUCAUCCAAUCAGCUUCCUGCUCACACGCUGUCCGCGCGUUCCCCAGCCAAUCACACCCUCCCUUCCAGCUGUCACUCAGUGACUCUCCUCACCCUGACUGCUCCCACCCCUCCAGCCUGCAGCUCUGCCUUUGCCAUGGGGCCUUCUGGGGAGCAUAAGCCUUAACCACUUCAGUAAUUAUUGCCCCAUAGCCUGCAUAUCCCCCCUCUUUUUUAUUAAGCAGCGAAAGCCUACUAGGAAAAGCCUAAACAAUUCCUAAGACAUUAGUAACGGUGACAAUAAUAACAACUUUUCAAAAACUGUAACAUAGACUUCUCCUGUGUGAGCAGUAACACUUAACAGGAACAUUAUUCAAUUAUUCAUUCAUUAUUUGAAUGAAAUUUAUAAGGUGAAACUUACAACUGCCUAUAUGUUUUGCUAUCACCCAGGGUCUGCUAAGGAGCCUUCUUUUCACAAAUGAGGACUUGGAAGGCCUCUUCCAGAUGAGGCUUCUAUGUUUACCUCAAAGGAAUGUGGUCUAGCUUUUGCAAAGCUAAAUCAGUGAAUCUUUUUUUUUGUACAGAAACACCUGGGUUUGGUAGCAAACUUUUCCUUGCCAGUCAAGGCCAUAGCUUGGCCAGAGCUAAGGCUUAGACUGGGAAGACAUUCCUAUCAUAUGAUUAAAAGAAAUCUUCCAUGAUAACUCACAGAACAGCCAGCUUUGUCAUAAAUAACUUGUAAAUAUAACUGUGUACAUAUAUAUACAA